UACUUGAGUAUCUAGAGAGUAUUUUAUGGAAAAAAGGGGGUCCAGUUCACUCCACCGGGACCCUCCACUGAAAUAUGUUGGAGACGUGGCAACGCCUUCCGUCUUAUGAUAUGAACCCAAACAGCAAGCCCCAUCUGAUAUUUCUCAACAAUAUCCCCGUUGCCUUGGAUUCGUGUAAACGACCCAAGUGGUCAUGUCCGCUGUAUAACUUCGCAUAAACACUCAACGUGGAACCCAGUAAGGGCGACAAACCAUUUUUAGACGUUGCCGUUUAAGUGCUGACGUUUCCAGUCCUGAAAUAGCUUCCGUUUUCGCUCUGGCAGUGAUUGGACUGGUCUGUACUUUUUUCGUUUUCCUCCCUCACCCAGGCGAGCUAGCAUAAGCGCCCAGUAAAACAAGUCGCACAUUCUCUACUUCAAUGGAGGCGCAGCCCAAAGAUCGGGCACGGGACAGCGGAAAUCAGCACCGCGGAGACGACGCGAGCCCUUCUCGGUGGAGCGCUUGUGUGAAACAUGACCAGAGCCACUUCCACCAGUGCCAGCAUCAGGAAACGAACGCGAAGAAAACAGGCAACACAAAAGUGAGUGUCUGUGAAGAGGAGGUGCCAAAGAAUACACAUUCGUUGCAUCCCAGCAAUGGAAACAGACAUACAAGUAACGCAAAUGUGAAGCAGAAGUCAGUGCAGCGGCUGUACUCAACGGCUCCAAAAGCGAGCAACAAAGGACUAGACUACAAAAAGGCUACGGACCUUAAAAAUGAUAAGGUUGUUGUUGACUUGAACUGUCGCGAGGAUAAGACUGACUCCGUGUUGGUCCAAAAUGGUGUCAUACACUGCGGCUUGAUUAUAAAUGGCUAUUCGUGCAAAGAAAAUGACUGCACUGGAUACGAGGGUGGAUAUACCAUGCCGAAGAAACGCAAGGCCAGAUGUAGCAACUUGAAGAACACUGACAAUGCAAUGAGAGAGAACGACAUGCAGCAGGGCAACACUACACAUGAGCCCAGGACUUUUGAUACUGAAGCAACCACAAAGGGAGGAACUUCUAGGCUGGACUGCUUAAGAGCUACACACAAAGCAGAGACUCAGACAGCCCCAAGACGGGUGGUGGCGGCCUCUGAGCCCUUCGCGGGGGAGUCUCAGAGGAAGAACUCUGAUGGGAAAACAGUUGGAAAAAAGGCAGAGGAGCGGCACAAAGCCAAGGUUUGCUCACCUUCAAAAGAGGACUCAUGGACUUUGUUCAAGCCCCCUCCAGUGUUUCCUGUGGACAAUAGCAGCGCUAAAAUUGUUCCCAAGAUCAGUUAUGCAAGUAAAGUGAAAGAAAACCUCAAUAAAGUAGCUCAAGGCGGAGGAGAAGCACUGCCUCCACCUGCGAUUCUGUCCCAAGUCCCCAUGUCCGCUAUGAAAACCAUCACGUCAGCUAGCUUGACUAAUGGGCCAGUGUCUGCUAACGGCUGCCCAUCAGUGGGUACCUUCUUUGCUUCUGCUGCUUCAGGAAGUGGUGACAAUGUAGCAUCUCCUUUGGAAAGUAACUGUAGCUCAACAAGCAGCCCGAUUGAGGGAGAGGUGUAUGAACCCAGAAAGUGUUCUCUCUUAAUUUACCCUUUAAAUAUGCAACCCACGCUCCCCAGUGCCCGCCACCUCAACCCGUCGGCUGCUCAGACAAAUCAGAAAGCCUUGGGUGAAAUCUUCCAGAAUAAAUGGGGUCUUUCAUUCAUUAAUGAUCCCAACUUGGGGCCAGAAGACGGAAGCAGGCCGGUGCCCGCUGAGGACAACGCAAGUCUGCACCAGUGUCAGGCCAAAGCUGGCCAUCCGUGCUUCAACGAAGGCCCUUUCUUCUUUGAGCCCGGAACUUUGAGUCAAGACGCAGCGAAAAGUACUUCAAUUAUUUUGCCCGCUUGUUCUCAUCUCUGCGUCUUGGCCGAGGAGGAGAACAGAGACAAGACUUGCGUCGAUUCUGCUUUUAAGGACAAUGGUGCUACGCCUGCACAGGGCUACACAAACACUGUGUUGUUUGGGACGUCGAAAGAACAGGCCUUGUCUAAAGAUGUCUGCAGAAGGUGUAGCUGGGGGUCUUUUGACAUCAAAGCUGCUGUCACUUAUCACACUGAAGAAAUGGAAUACAUUUUCAGCUUGCAAAAACAAUAUCCAAAUCGAGUAUUGGUUUAUGACGAGACCAAGGAUGGACGUGAUCAGUGAAGUGGACGUCAGCAGUACUUGGCUCCAUCUUCUCUGGGUGCUGCGGUGAUUCUCCUUUGGAAAUCCUUAGACUGUGUUGGGGUUGAAGAAGCUGGCCAACUGUGAAAACACUUGCUCGUUUCAGCACGUUAACUUCUUUGAGGGUGUCGGACUAGUAUGCGGACACUCUGGGGGGGGGCACGAUAAAGGAGAUCGACCGGUGCCUCUACAACACGACGAGCGGACGGUCUGCGACCACCGCGGCGGAUGACGUUUGCGAAGAGAAGGUGUCAUGAGCGAACUUCGACGCCUAAAGCCUUUAUUGCGUUCGCCGCACCGGCCGUCCGUCAAACUGCAGAAGAAACACCACUGACGCUUUCAAAUGAGUCCUACGUAAACGUACGCGCACAGGCUGGACCGACUGGAGAACACAGUUUGAAGCGAAUGCCUUCACAUGGCUCAACUUAAUCAAAUUGUCUACAUUAGUGAGAAAGGCCGGAAUCUUGUCUUAAAAAAUCUGCAGGGCAACUCAGAGCAACUCAGAGCAACCCCCCAUUUCACAUGAGCGUCUUCACUUGGAGAGCGCCUUGUCGGGGGCUCUUUACGGGCAAGCUUCAGGUGGUAAUGCAUCCUCAACCAAAUUGCCAAGUUUUCUCGCUCUCUUUCAGUCUGUUUUUAGUUGGAAUGUUCAAGAUUAUUGCUUCCAGGACUCAGUACACUCAUUGUCUUUUUGUGUGUGUCGAUGGCAGGGCGAGGGUCGGAAGUCGACUUUCUCCUGUCAUAAGUAACGUGCGUCGCGCGCUGUUGAACUUUAGCAAACCUGACUCAGCCUUUUCUGUUGUCUUUUCCUGGAUGUUGACCGGUGGAAUUCAUCUACAAAGGUUGCGCUGACGCCUUUUGUCAAGUUGUUAAAAUGUGAAGCUGAGUUGUCGGUCACGUGUCACUGCAGUUAGGUAAUGGCUGCGUUGUUGCAAGAUGGCCAACGUCGAGUGAUCUGAGGCGCUUCUUCAGUUCGGAAGUGUUUUUGCUGAUGUGUUGAAAGCUGUAAUUAAGUCUAGGAAACCCAAAUUUUCCCACUGUGAUGUCAUUUUCAUCACUUUCUCCAAAUCAGUAUUGAUGUAUUGAACAUAAAGGACCUUUUAAGGUUUUCUAAAAGCUAUGGUUUGUUUAAUGUGGAUUGUUAGCACUUUAUGUACACUAAUUGCUUUUUUUGUUAGUUGUAAGAGCUCUAUUGACACAAACUCCUCCCUAAAUGAAAGAAUGGCUCUGGGCUGUUACUUCUCAGAAUAAACAAAAUUAUUAAAUGUAACUCAGGUAGUGUUGAUAAAGCCAUGACUAUGUUCCCUUUUUUUUUUUUUUUGGGGUUUAUUUUUUUUUUUAAUGCCAAAAGACCCAAUGUCCCCCAUGCCCUCUAAUUUGCAAAUGCAGAAUUGGAAUCAAUUUGCAACAUCAUUAAUUAAAGAGGAAUUGACUAAACCUUAGGUUUUGCGGCGGGGUACGGUGUCAUGACGGGUGGGGUGGGGUGGGGUUUACCACUGGACUAAACACCAAAUAUGAGUUUUUAGUGGAAGCCCUUUCGGUGUCAUCGAUCAAGCUGGACUUCAUUUGGGAAAACCUUGAUUUUAAAAGCAUGUAUGUUAUCUGUACUACUUUUUUUUUUUUUUUUUUUUUUUGGUCUUAACAUAUACUGGCCUUUAAUGUGUAAGUUUGUUAGAUCCUUAACUAUUGCUUUUUCUCUCUCUCUCUCACACUAUUUUAUUUUAUUUUUUUCUGUGAGUGAGCACCACUGCUCCCUUUCAAAGUACUGUUCUUGCUGCUGUGGCCUGAUCAGACAUCAUUACACAGGCACCCGAUUUAUUUUAUUUUUUUUCCUUUUCUGCACGUUAACUUGACAUUUUUUUUUUUAAAGCUUUGUUAAAUUCUUUUAUUUUGGCUUCUGUUGCACGUCAGAAUCCUUCCCUGUAAAUUUUUGUGUAACAAAUACAAUGCCGUCAAAAGAAAAAAAAAUGUUUACUCACAUGUCUCCGGGUGGGGGUCAUUUAUGUUGCGCAUUGAUCGCCGCAUGAGGUGACGCUAUCAGGUUAUCUUUGGGCAUCUUUAGGUUUCUGCGAGUCAAAACAGGGUGAUCAAGAAUGAGUAAAUGGCUUGAUUGAUAGUUUUGCAAUGAUUCCCUUUUUUGUGACUACUUUUUUAUUCAUUUUUUUUAAAGGGAUGGGAGUAGAUACUCACCCUCCUUGUCCAAGCACUUACAGGAGUAAAAAUAAAGAAAAGUUUCCUGUGUAGAGUAUCCAUGGAGAGAGUAGAACUAUGAGUAGUGCAGCCUGCAAACCAAAAACAGCUUCUUGUAGUGAUGUGUGUGCGCGUGUGUGUGUUUGUCAGCGUUGUAUUUUCAGGCCUGACCAUGUGGAGUUGAACCCUCCACUUAUCAGGAUGUGAAAUCACCUCCGGGAUGCCGAUGCAGGCUUCGCAUUACCACAGGCAACAUAACCCCUACUCAAUUAUUCCUGUUGUUUAUUAUUAUUAUUAUGCAAGUUCUUCAAAACUGCACCCCCUGUUUAACGUUCAGGUGCCUGUAUGAAAAGAAAUCAACUUUUACAGAAAUUUAGAUUUUUCACAUCUGGUUCCAGUGUAUAUCUGUGCCAAUUUUUUCAUUUUUUUUCUUGCCCCACCACACUCAUUCUUUGCUUAGCUGUUCAAAAAUUUUUUCUAAGGGAUAUGGAUGCUGCUGAAAGCAAUGAGUAUUUUACAUAUUUUGUAGAUAGAAUAAAUUAUGGAGGGCUUGUGUUCGGUUCAUGGGUGAGGGAAUGCCAAACUCAAAUCGAACGUGGAUGUUGUGCGUUCCUUUUUUUUCUUUUUUUUUUGUCAAGUUUGUGCCUGAACUAGGACAUUGCUAAUUUUAACAAGUAAUUUUAACGUUUAAGAGUUUUUAUUUUCAAGCUCUGAACUAACUCAUCUGAAGGUGCACUAAUAGGAUGAGAUUUAAAAGGAAUAAAUGACACCGAAGAUCAAGAUGUUUUUGUUUUUACAUUUCACUUUUUAAAUUUUUUUUUUUUUUUUGCCUGGAGCAACAAUGUUUAUAUGCUGUUUGAAGUCACUAACAGUGGAUUUCGUUAAAUAUGUGGGAAUGAUGGAAACCAACAGCAUCAUGUAGAAUUGUUUUAUUAAUUUCUGGGGAGUGUCAUGAACGUCGCAUUGUCGAUCAUUGAUUCCUCAGUUUUGUCUUGUUCAAUUUUUCUUUUCUUGCUCCUCCCAUCAUGCCCUAAAACCUAAGGCAGGAGAAUUUCUCUCAAAUGUCUUACAUGUUGACAUUUAAGUCUUUAAAAUUGGUUCUCAUUUUGUUUUGGUUUGAACAAAAUGGUUGCCAUUGUUUUAGCAUGACGAUUCCAAACAAUGUUAGAGAAUAAAAAGUAUUCCGAUGUCAAUUUCAGUUUCCAUUAAAAUGUUAAAUUUA